ACGAUUUGUAAAGGAUUUUUUAUUCUCUUGAAAAACAUCUACUGAAGAACGACGAAGUUUGUCGCAUGUAAAUUGUCAUGGAACUGCUUGCCAGAGACAAAAUCGAUUCAAGAAACAACACCAUGUCUAUGACUGUUGACCGGACAGCGGAGGAAACGCUAAGAGAUGACCUCAGAUAUUACUUCAUGAGUCCCUGCGAAAAAUACAAAUCUCGACGACAAAUACCAUGGAAGCUAAUGGUGCAGAUUUUAAAAAUAGUCAUGAUUACUACACAGCUUGUUCUUUUUGGGCUUAACAAUCAGCUCGUGGUGUCCUACAAAGAAGAGAAUCUAAUGGCCUUUAAGAAUUUGUUUCUGAAGGGCUAUAGUGGCACUGAUGAUGAUGACUACAGCGUAGCUGUGUUCACCAAAAAGAGUGUCUAUGAUAAUAUAUACUAUGUCAUAGAUCAGUAUUUUCAGAUAAGCCAGUUGUCUGUGGGCCCCAUUAGUUAUGCUGAGGACAAUGGAGAGCCACUUCCAUUGGUCAUCUGUAAAGAAUACUAUAGACGGGGCAGUGUGGAGCCAUCAGACGAAUACUACGAUAUAGAUGCCCACACUGAGACAGUGUGCUUAACUUUGGAUCCCAAAUUUGCAACAACAUGGAAAACAGACAAUGCCUCUUUUUUUGAACUGGACUUCUACAGGCUUAUCACUAUAGAGAUCUCAUUCUCACUUAAAGGAAUCAAUCUACAAACAGUCCGCUCAUACGAGCUUCCUGAUUGUUAUACUUUUGUUGUGACGGUUACGUUUGAUAAUCAGUGCCAUAGUGGAAAAGUGAAAAUUAUCCUUGCUAUUGAUGCAGUUAGUAGUGCAUGCAAGAACUGGAAGAUUUCAGGAACUGCUCAGAAGAACACUCACUACCUCCUGGUCUUUGAUGGCUUCGUUAUUUUUGUGUGCCUGACCUCUGCUGUGCUUUGCAUUCGCUCUAUUUUUCUUGCAAUUAGAUUACUUAAGAGAUUUUCCAAGUUCUGUCUCAAAAAUUACAAUCAUAAAGUAUGUGAGGAUGACCAAAGACAAUUCCUAAAUGGCUGGUAUAUUUUGGUAAUCAUCAGUGAUGUUAUGGCAAUCACAGGAUCAAUACUGAAGAUGGAAAUACAGGCAAAGAGUCUGACCACCUACGAUGUGUGUAGCAUCUUUCUGGGAACAUCCACACUUAUGGUGUGGGUUAGUGUCAUUAGAUAUUUGGGGUACUUCCAGAAGUACAAUGUUCUUAUCCUCACCAUGCAAGCAGCCCUACCCAAGGUCCUGCGCUUCUGUUGCUGUGCAGGAAUGAUCUACCUGGGCUACACGUUCUGUGGUUGGAUUGUUUUGGGGCCCUACCAUGAAAAGUUUGAAGGUCUGAGCCGUGUGGCAGAGUGCCUCUUCUCCCUUGUCAAUGGGGAUGACAUGUUCCCAACAUUCGCUGAGUUCCAGCAGAAGAACACACUGGUGUGGCUGUUCAGUCGAGUCUAUCUCUACACCUUCAUAUCUCUCUUCAUCUACAUGGUGCUCAGUCUCUUCAUAGCCCUCAUCACGGAUGCUUAUGAUAGCAUCAAGCGCUACCAGAAGACCGGCUUCCCCAUGACUGAACUGCAGCUGUUCCUGAAGGCGGGGAGGGAUUUCCACCUCCCAGAGGGGGAGGAGGACGUGGGGAGCGUGGAGAAUGGUGGGCGCGCAGAUAUAGACUCCCCCUCCAACAUGCUGUGCUGCUGUAGAAGAGUUCUCAAAGAUGACACCGUUGUUCUCAUCAGCUAA